AUGGCCGAUCCUUCGAGCGCCUCACCGUCAAAGGUGGUGGACAUCCACACCCACAUGUACCCUCCUUCCUACGUCCAGAUCCUGGAAUCACGGUCCACAAUCCCUCUGGUCCGCAAGUUUGCCAGCUCGCCGGAUCCGCGACUGAUCCUGCUCGAGGCAGAGGUGCCGUCCCUCUCGGGCGCCGACGAUGCAUCGGCCAAACCACCAGGGCGGCCUCUGACCAAGCACUACUCGUCGCUGGCGCAGAAGAUACAUUUUAUGGACACCCACAAGAUCGACAUAUCCGUCAUAUCGCUCGCGAACCCAUGGCUGGACUUUCUUGACCCAUCCGAGGCCGGGCCGUUUGCAGCCUCGGUCAACAAGGAGUUCAGCGACAUGUGCGCCGCCCACCCCGGACGGCUCUUCUUCUUCGGCACCCUCCCGCUCACCGCGACGCUGGCCACGAUACAGGAGUCCAUCGCACAGCUCAAAGGGCUGGACUACUGCCGCGGCGUGAUCCUGGGGACCUCGGGGCUGGGCAAGGGCCUGGACGACGCGGCCCUGCUCCCCAUCUUCCAGGCCCUCGCCGACGCGGGGCUGACCAUCUUCCUGCACCCGCACUACGGCCUGCCCAACGAGGUGUGGGGCCCGCGGGCGUCGGGCGAGUACGGCCACGUGCUGCCGCUGGCGCUGGGGUUCCCCAUGGAGACGACCAUCGCGGUGGCGCGCAUGUACCUGGCGGGCGUGUUCGACGCCGUGCCCGCGCUGCAGAUGAUCCUGGCGCACAGCGGCGGCACGCUGCCCUUCCUGGCCGGCAGGAUCGAGAGCUGCGUGCUGCACGACGGGCACCUGGUGCGCGAGGGCAAGGUCGGCGCGGGCAGGCGGACCGUGUGGGACGUGCUCCGGAGCCAGGUCUACCUGGACGCCGUCAUCUACAGCGAGGUGGGCCUCAACGCGGCCAUCGAGGCCAGCGGCGGCGCGGACAGGCUCAUGUUCGGGACCGACCACCCCUUCUUCCCGCCGCUGGGCACCGACGAGGACGGCGAGUGGGAGAGCGUGGGCAUGAACGCCGAGGCCGUCAACAAGGCGCUCGGUGAGGGGUCGGACAAGGCGAGGGGGGUCAUGGGCGGGAAUGCUGUGAGGGUCUUGAGGCUGCAUGGGUCAUGA